AUAUCAUUAUAAUUCUUCGCAGUUUGGCUAGGGUUCUAUCUGUUGGCUUCCGCUGCCGCCGCUCCAAACUUCACUUUCCUCUCCCUUUCUCGCAGAGUUCUUCCUUUAUACUACUGAGAGACUCCGAUGGCAUUCGAAGCGCUGGAGUUCGUUUCUUUCCUCCAUUGAUUUCACUACAUCGAGCUUCUCCGAUCCCGGCUCCACCCCUUACCCGCCUGGAUGGCGACGGGGAACCCCUUCGAUCUCCUUAUCGACAGCGAAAACGAUGACCUUUCUCAGCUGAUCGCCGCGCAGCAGAAGAAGGUCGCUUCUAAUAAACCCGCCGGGGCUACUGCAGCCCCGGCUGCGGCGAAACUACCGUCCAAGCCCCUCCCACCCGCGCAGGCCGUAAGGGAAUCGAAGAAUAAUACGGCGAAUGUACGCGAGGGAGCUGGACGAGGAGGUACUGGGCGUGGUAGGGGUGGUCGAGGAGCUGGGAUCGGGCAAGGUAGAGAUUUUGGAAAUGCGAACACCAAUAGAUAUGGCAGUGGCGGUGGUUAUCGUGGAGGCCCUGCUUCUGAAGAAGGUGAUGCUGGGAAGGCAUUAGAAAGGGAACGUGGGAAUUAUGACCAGCCCCGCGGAUCAUUCCGUGGAGGCCGGCGUGGUGGGGUUUUGGACGGGAAUACAGAAGGUGGAUUGGAUUCGGAUCGUACCCAACGAAGAGUUUUUGAGCGAAGAAGUGGAACUGGGCGUGGAUAUGAGAUGAAAAGAGAGGGUGCAGGGCGUGGCAACUGGGGUACAGUGACUGAUGAUGUUAAUGCGCAGGGGAUUGAGGAAACUGUAAACUUUGAUGAAAAGCCUGUGGCUCCGGAGAAGCAAGCGAACCAUGAAGAUGGGCAACGAGGAGAUGCAAGCAAGGAUAAGGAAGAAGUUGCAAAUGAAACAGAGGACAAGGAACCGGAAGAUAAUGAGAUGACGCUGGAAGAAUAUGAGAAAGUAAGGGAGGAGAAAAGGAAAGCCUUGCUUUCUCUGAAGGUUGAGGAGAGAAAAGUUGAGCUUGACAAGGACUUGCAGUCGAUGCAGCAACUUUCUAUCAAGAAAGGAAACGAUGAUGUUUUUAUCAAAUUGGGUUCCGACAAAGACUUGUCUAAAAGAAGAGAGAAUGCUGAAAAAGAGGAACGAGCUAAAAAGGCCAUGAGUAUCAAUGAAUUUCUGAAGCCAGCUGAUGGUGAUAGAUACUACAAUCCUAGUGGCCGUGGACGCGGUAGGGGUCGCGGUGACCGUGGAUCCUUCAGAGGUGGCUAUGCAGGUGCUGGGCCGGCUUCUCCAAACGCCCCUUCUAUUGCAGAUCAGGGUCAGUUCCCAACUCUUGGUGCCAAAUAAAAGUGCCUGUUUUUGAAUCUCUUUAUAUGCUUGAACUGUGGUGAAGAAUUUCUCCUGUUAUCUAAAAUAACUUGCCAAUGUAGCUGAACCAUGCCUGUGUUAAAUCUGUCUUGACUGAAUUGAUUGUGGAUGAAAAAUAAUUUGUAUUCUAUGUUUUAUCUCUUCAUUUGAUCUAGGCUUUUUCCUUUUGUACGCUUGCUACAUUGUAGAAGAGGUUUGGUCAAAUGACCCUCAGAUCAUUCUGUUUUUUA